GAGUGUUCGGUUCACAUGGGGAUGCAUCGAUCAGGACUCAGGAUCCGUCAGACGGAAAAGGCGAGCAGCAUGGGGGGAAAGCCACGACCAGGACCGGAGCUACAAGUUCGUUACACCUUCCUUUGCAGGCAAACCACGACCAGAACCGGAGCCGCGCACAGAACGCACGCUGCCUAUUUCGCCUCCCACCGGAGACUCCCCGCUCCGUUUCCGCACGUGUUCCACGACCCCCAAGCUGAGCGGGUGGUAGAAAUAGACCUCCCCCUCCUCGCCGAACGCAUAAAUCUCACGCACACCAUCCCGAUUCCCAUCCGCUUCCUGCGAUUCCUCCCCGACUCCAAACCAGAAACAAAAACAGAGAACAUGGACGCCACUAAGAUGAAGCAGCUCAGGCGAGUCCGCACGCUCGGCCGCGGCGCGUCGGGCGCCGUCGUGUGGCUGGCCUCCGACGAGGCCUCCGGCGAGCUUCUGGCGGUCAAGUCGGUGGACGCCGGUGGGGCCGCGCAGCUGCGGCGCGAGGGGCGCGUGCUGGAGGGUCUCUGCUCGCCGCACAUCGUGCCAUGCCUCGGCUCCCGCGCCGCCGCGGGCGGCGAGUACCAGCUGUUCCUCGAGUUCGCGCCGGGUGGGUCGCUCGCCGACGAGGCCGCCAGGAGCGGGGGCCGCCUUGCGGAGCGCGACAUCAGGGCGUACGCCGGGGACGUGGCGCGCGGGCUGGCGUACCUCCACGGGCUGUCGCUGGUGCACGGGGACGUCAAGGCCAGGAACGUGGUGAUCGGGGGCGACGGCCGCGCCAGGCUCACGGACUUCGGGUGCGCGAGGCCCGUCGAGUCGUCGCGGCCUAUCGGCGGCACCCCGGCGUUCAUGGCGCCGGAGGUGGCGCGCGGGGAGGAGCAGGGCCCGGCCGCGGACGUCUGGGCGCUCGGAUGCAUGGUCAUCGAGAUGGCUACGGGGCACGCGCCGUGGAGCGACAUGGACGACGUCCUCGCCGCGGUCCACCGGAUCGGGUACACGGACGCCGUGCCGGAGGUGCCCGCGUGGCUGUCGGCGGAGGCCAAGGACUUCCUGGGCGGAUGCUUCAUGAGGCGCUCCAGCGACCGAUCCACGGCGGCGCAGCUAGUGGCGCACGCGUUCGUCGCCUCCGCCGUCCGCGACCGCAAGGCAGAGCCGGCGAGGCAGGAGUGCGCGUCCCCGAAGACCACACUGCACGACGCGUUCUGGGACUCGGACACCGACGAGGAGGCGGACGAGAUGUCAACCAGCCCAGCCGAGAGGAUCGGGGCAUUGGCGUGCACCACCUCGGUCUUUCCCGACUGGGACUCCGACGACGGCUGGAUCGACGUGCAGGACGACCACACCGAAGCCUUCGGCGCGCCGCUGGCGCUGACUGAGGCGGCCGCCGCAGACUACUUCGUCUGGGCCGAACCAUCGGAUGAAGAGUUCGAGCAAUUCGCCGCUGCCGCAGAUGUCAGUGGCCAUCUACAUCUCCCGUACAUUGCAGGAGCAACUGAUGCCACCAUUAGCCAGGGCAGUUUCCGUGGUUGUAAAAUUCCGCACACGUUUGAUCGCGCCGGGACUGAAACAGGGGGAUCCCACCGCGUUUGUAACAGAAGCAGAGAAAAAAUUAAACGAAUUCCGCCCAAAAUUUCUCUCUUUGCGAUCUCCCGGUUGGCACAUCACUGCCUGCAUGUGCGUACGGUUCACGUUGCGAUCAUUGGACAGCUCGGAAUCAAAUUAGUUGAAGCAACAGCACCCAAACGACGUCGAGAUUACUGUUUUCUUUUGAGACCGAUCGAGAUCGAACACGUUCACGAACGGCAAUCUACCCCUUCUUGGUGAAGUAGGCAGGUUUGUUCGCCGAGCGGCCUUUACGUACGGCAUCCUGGAACUGGACGAGGGCCGAUCGCGCGUGUCGGCAGGAUGCGUCAGCAUGACGUCACGCUGGCACACGCUCCGGCUGCAUAUCUGAGUGGACCUCGCUUGGUCAACGGGAUGUCCGCGCGAUGAAACUUUUUUACGCGAGAUCCUAUGCGGUGCAGUGCAGUGCAAACUCUCUGCCUUUCUUGAUGUCAAGACUGGUAACUGUGGAACCACAUGAUCCCGGCCACGAAUUUCACAGAUGAAGCACGGGCAACUCGAGUGAAAAACAGAGAAUGUUCACCUUCCAUUUUUACUGGCGCAAACUGAAUCCAGCUCCAAUCUUGCAAACCAGAUAGAUACACCAGGUAGAGGCAAUGCAUGGUGAUAAGCUUUUCGCAUCCUACAAGUGCGAGAACAGCGAUAAGUCUCGCCUAACUUUUUUCCGAGAUCGAAAUCUCGCCGGCUUCAUGGCUCCUUGUAGGAUCUAGCGCGGUGCCUCAUCCACAGUAUUUAUAAAAUCGUCGGUAACCGUUGGAUUAUCACGGCUAUCGAUCGGUUCGAUCUA